AUGUCCUGGUGGGCUCGCGGGGCCUCCGGUGAGGAUGCGGAGGACGCCAUGUGUCAGGACACUGACUCAGAUGUUGCCGAACAGAGAGACAGUGGCAAAGUGAAGGUGAAAUGGACGCAAGAGGAGGAUGAUCACCUCCGAAAGUUGGUUCAGAAUUUGGGACCGAAUGAUUGGAAAUACAUUGCCAGCUUCUUACCUAAUCGAACAGAACAUCAGUGCCAGCACCGCUGGUUCAAGGUUCUGGAUCCAGACCUCAUUAAAGGACCUUGGACCAAGGAGGAAGAUGAGAGGGUGAUAGAACUCGUGAAAAAGUACGGCAACAAGCAGUGGGCAACGGUGGCCAAGCACUUAAAAGGCCGUCUUGGGAAGCAGUGCCGGGAACGCUGGCACAAUCACCUCAACCCAGAUGUGAAGAAAUCUUCCUGGACUGCUGAGGAGGAUCUAAUAAUUUACAAAGCCCACUGCAUGCUUGGCAACCGCUGGGCUGAGAUUGCUAAACUGCUGCCUGGAAGAACGGACAACGCAGUAAAAAACCAUUGGAACUCCACUAUCAAACGCAAAGUUGAAAUGGGUUACUAUGCAGGUGUGGAUACAUCCCUUCAAGUGGUCCACCAGACUGAACUUGGAGAACACAGCAGUAUUCAGCAGGUAUUUUCCUUAGGGGAAUUUUGCUAUGAUGGAAGUGUGGAGCCUGUUGCAGCUGAAGUGAGUCAGCAGGAGACCGUAAACCCUGCGACUCAAGAUGUUGCUGUCCCCAAGACUGCAUCACCUCAAAAUCCACGGGUUCCUGUGACACCCAAAAGUGAACGGGAUGGUGGAGGAGACUCCAGCACUGGAACCUGGGUUGUGGACAGCUCGGGCUUCCUCUCUCCCUCAGCAACUCCCGUCUUAAAGGAAGUAAUGGAAUUAAUGGAUGGAGAUCUGGAGAGCUGGUGUAAUCUGGCAGAAUUUGACUUACCUCAGGAGAGUCAGAGCCCUGAGCUUCUUCAGUUUCGUUUGGAGGGGAGCACGCUGCAGGAGCUGAGCAAGGGGAGUCGAGGGGAACUGAUCCCUAUCUCACCUGGCGCUGCCACGCCCCCUUCCAUACUCAGCCGCCGCAGCCGCCGUCGCAUUGCCCUGUCCCCGGACCCCAACGACUCCAUGACCCCCAAAAGCACGCCUGUGAAAAUUCUGCCCUUCUCACCCUCACAGUUUCUCAAUAUGUGGACCAAACAGGACACUCUUGACUUGGAGAAUCCAUCACUCACAUCUACUCCUGUGUGCAGCCAAAAGGCCAUUGUCACUACACCACUGCAUCGUGACAAAACUCCUCUCACUCAGAAAGAAAACACUGUGUUCAUCACCCCAAACCACAAGUCUGACCUGGACACCACUCCCCGAACCCCUACUCCGUUUAAAAAUGCCAUGGAGAAGUACGGCCCCUUGCGGCCUUUGCCCCCGACCCCUAAUUUGGAGGAGGACCUGAAGGAGGUUCUGCGUAGUGAAGCAGGGAUUGAGCUUAUAGUAGAGGAUGAGACUCCUCCUGAGCAGAGACGCAAACAGGUUCAUCGGCCCCCCAUGAAGAAAGUCCGCAAAUCUUUGGCACUAGAUGUCAUUGACUGCAAUGAAACUGUUACAGUAAGACAACACUCUAAAACCGCUGUAAAGCCACAACAAAAGGAGGAGACAUCAUUGUCAGUAUCACUCAAUUCCUCCUAUUCUAACAAGAGAGAGGAGAACGUUCUGGAUCAGGGUUUCAUUCUCGGCCCAAAUGAGAGUGGUCCAGCCACAAAGCCAGUGCCCCCAACUCCGGUAAUUUUUUGUCCCUGUUGGCACUCAAUCAUCGUCUUUUCUCAGAUGUCGCAGGCCUGGGAGGCAGUUGUCUGUGGACGGACUAAGGACCAGCUUUUUAUGACCGAGAAAGCAAGACGUUAUCUCCGCUCUCUCAAAUCCCACGCCCCUAAUCGAGCCCUCAUCCUGUCCUGA